UCGCUUUCUCCAUGUGUGGCUUUCGAUGUCAGCUCCAUCUUGUUUCCAUUGCCACUUCAAAAGGGGAGGAAGAAGAGAUGCGUGUGUUAUGUGAUGCAUUAUUUGUUUUAGGCAAGAGGGAAUCGAGGAAGAGAUGGCGUCGGAGAGCGUGGGAUCCUCCUGUGGUCGGAUUCAGGAACCGAGGAAGCGGCUGUUCCCCGAAGAGGCAGGAGGAGGAGGAGGAGAGGAAGUGACGUCCGCGAAUACCCCCGUCAAAGAACGCCCCAGGAGCUACAAAUGCUUCGCUUGCAAUCAAGACGGUCACUUCGCUCGGGACUGCCCCAGUAAGAGGGGGAGCCCCGCUGCCCUCGGCGAGGCCGAGCGUCGGGUGUACCCCGAGCGGCAGUGCCCUUGUGGGAGGGGGCCGUGCGUCGUGCUCAUGUCCAGGACCGCAAAGAACCCCGGGAGGCAUUUCUACAGCUGCCCCUCUAUGUUUGAAGAGAAGUGUGAUUUCUUCUUGUGGUGUGACGAGGCUGACUGCAAUCAGCAGCGUGGAUUUGGUAGUUUGGUGAAACCGAAUCGGCAGCAUGGUCUGAGCAGCCCGGUCAAGCAGCAAUGUGGUGUGAAAAGCCCAAACAAGCCGUAUCAGCAAAAUGGUGUAGCAGAAUCUUCAUAUCCCAUGUGUGCUUGUGGCGCUGGGAAAUGCAGACUCUUGACGAUGGAAAAUGGGGUUAAUGCGGGUCGUAAAUAUUUUGCCUGCACGAUAAAGAAGGGUCAAGGAGCGUGUAAUCACUUACAGUGGCUUGACAGCCCAGCAAAACAAUCUGACGAAGAAGUCUUUGAGGGACAGAACAAGAUUGCAACGCCAGAGAAACCAGUGGCACUCGAGAUGAAUGAUGGAAGAGGACACGGUCACUUGGGUCAGAAUACAUCGCUAAGUUUUUCUUUCGCAAAUGAGCCUAGGGUACCAAAACUUGAUGAUCGUAGAGCAGCAACAACUGAUGACGAACCGGAACCGAUGCUAAUCGAUGUAUCACGUGUUCUAGAGACACCACUGUUGUCACCAAAAAGAGUUUGUGAAUCCAGCAACGUAGGUUUAUCUUCUCCCAUCAAAAGACUUGAUUUACGUGAUCGAAGUCCAGGUGCAUCGACUCCUGAAAAAUGCUACAGGUGCGGCAAAGAAGGACACCGGAUGAAGGAAUGCACUUGGUCUUUUCGUCCUACUUGCUUCAAAUGCGGCAGGUGCGGUCACUGGACAGACGAUUGCACUGCUUGAGCUUGGCGGAUGAUCUCGGUCUGUUGCCAAUUCUUCAGCUGUUUAUUAUCUUUGUAUGUGGUACGUAUCAAACAACUGGUAAGGAAAGUAUUGCCUACUGACUUGCUUGUGUAUAUUUAUCUACUGAUUACCCAUCUUCACAAAAUGUAACAGUGCCUGUUUGUUACGAUAGGCCUUUCUAAUGUGAACUUUCUUA